GAAUCAGCGCUCGUUGUCUGUAGAAGAAGAGGCUGCCAUAUCACAGUGAUACAGCGAGUUUGAGAGAGCGGUAGAGAACGUCUCAUUUCUGCUUCCAAGAUGUUCUCUGCUCAGGCUUUUGAGGAUCCCGGAAGGAUGAAGGAGUAUCAUUACACCGGUCCAGUUGAACACAAGUUCUCGCCGUAUACUUUCAACGGAGGGACGGUACUAGCUGUUGCUGGUGAAGAUUUUGCCAUCGUAGCCUCAGACACCAGGCUGAGUGAAGGCUACUCCAUCCACAGCCGGGACUCCCCGAAGUGCUACAAGCUGACAGACACCACUGUCAUUGGCUGCAGCGGUUUCCAUGGCGACUGUCUGACUCUGACUAAAAUCAUUGAUGCCAGACUAAAAAUGUACAAGCACUCAAACAACAAGACCAUGACCAGCGGAGCCAUUGCAGCCAUGUUGUCCACCAUCCUGUAUGGCAGGAGGUUUUUCCCGUACUAUGUCUACAACAUUAUUGGAGGACUGGAUGAAGAGGGUAAAGGAGCAGUGUACAGCUUUGACCCUGUGGGCUCCUACCAGAGAGACACCUUCAAGGCCGGUGGGUCAGCCAGUGCCAUGCUUCAGCCCCUUCUAGACAACCAGAUUGGUUUCAAGAACAUGGAGGGUGUGCAGCAUGUUCCUCUGACUCAGGAAAAGGCAGUUCAGCUGGUCAAAGAUGUUUUCAUCUCGGCUGCAGAGAGAGACGUCUACACUGGAGAUGCCCUUCGGAUCUGCAUCAUCACGAAGGAGGGUGUUAAUGAGCAGACUAUUCCACUGAGGAAGGACUGAGGGGGGAUGAGCCAUCUGUCUGCCUCUGGCCUUCUCUUUGGUCUCUUUGUUCCACUUUCACUCUGCUGAUUUAGCCAUUUUACUGACAUCGGGCUUCUUAUAACAGGAGUGUUGAUCCAGACCUUUGGGGUGGUUUUCCUUUCUUUUUUUUCCCCUCCUCAACCGGCAGGUUUUCUGAAGUGUCUCUAUCUUCCUCUUCUCAUCUUCUGUUAUCAGAGUUGUGGUCGAUCAGUUUGACUCUUGAUCAACAAUCCUGUUCUGAGAAAAAAAAAAAUCACUUGCCCUCUGCCUCAGUUUUUCUUUUUGUUUUGGAUCAGACCAUACUCUGCUAUUCUUUUUACAUUCUUAAUAAAUGAAAAUAACUUGGAAAAGAA